GUUUCUAUUUACUUCAAACCAACUGCCGAUGCUCCUAUAAUGAAAAAGAAAAAAUGGGAGGUUGAAAGAAAUAUCACAAUUUCAGACGUAACUGGAUUCUUUCGAAGUUACCUAACCUGUGCGCCCCAUGAAUCAUUAUUUCUGUAUAUCAAUCAAUGCUUUGCACCAGCGCCAGAUAUGACCAUUGGAUCUUUGUAUGAUUGUUAUGGAUCAGAUAGAAAGAUAACAUUUUAUUACUGCAAAAAUCAAGCUUGGGGAUAA